AUGCGCCGUUCGAAUUCAUGUGACACGUCACCCGUCUUUCUCGGUCUGGUGUACGUGAGUCAUAAUGCGAGCGGAGGAAGAAGCAGCGGGGAAGGAAUCUUCUACGAAUCUACUGGGAUGCGUGGACAGUCCAGUGUGAGAGAAGUGGACGUCGCCACAGGGAAGGUUCUCAAGAAGGUGCCUCAGAGCGCUCCGGUGUUCAGUGAAGGGCUCGCACUCAUCAACGACAGGCUGUUUCAGUUAGCGUGGCAGGUGAAAACGGGAACGAUAUACAACCGCAAAAGUUUGCAAAAGAUAGGCAGCUUCCGCCACCAGAUGACGGACGGUUGGGGCCUGUCAACGUACAAUAAGUCGCUGCUGGUGGGCUCCGAUGGCACCUCCUACAUCUACUUCAUCAGCGCAACCACCUUCAAGACGCUGCACAAGGUGAAGGUGACGGAUGGCGGCACACCUAUAGCGUGGAUCAAUGAGCUUGAAGUGCGGGGCGGGCGUAUCUAUGCCAACGUGUGGCAGACGGAUUGCAUCGCGGUGAUCGACCCGCUGUCAGGGCGAGUGGCGGCCUGGAUGGACCUGCAGCGCCUGCGGGCGCUAGCAGCAGCCCAAGUGAAGCCCAACCAGGAGUUUGAUGUGCUGAACGGCAUUGCAUGGGAUGCACAACAGAGGCGCCUCUUUGUCACGGGGAAAUACUGGCCUCGGGUGUUCCAGAUCGCUCCCAAGACCCUCACAAGAUCAACUGCUGAUGACGUGGCAGCCAUUCGGCUGAGCCACGUGGUGGUGCUCAAGAGCUUCGCCAUGAAGCCGAUGCCAGGUGUCAGGCUCACAUUGGUCACUCGGGACGUGCACACGCCUUACAGCGGCAUGCUGCCAGGCCUCGUGGCCGGCCACUACACGUACGACGACUGUCACAUCGACCUGCGCCCCUUGGCCCAACUCACCAACGCUCGCCUGCUGCACUGCUGCGCCUCUGGCAUUGACCUGGAUCAACGUGCUGUGGUGCUGGCGGAUGGGCGCCCCCCCAUUCGCUACGACGUACUGUCCAUUGAUAUCGGGAUCACUCCACUGCAAUCAGUGCCAGGAGCAAAGGAGCUCACCCUCCCAGUGAAGCCCAUCGACUCCUUCACCCACCGCUGGGAGGCUCUGCGGUCACGCAUCCUCUCCCUCGCCCCUGGCUCUAGUGUCCGUGUGGUGGUGGUGGGAGGGGGCGCAGGAGGGGUGGAGCUGCUUCUGGCCAUGCAGCACCGACUGCAGCAGGACUGCCUGGUUCUCGAUGCUGCAGUGGUGGCAGUGAGACAACGAGGAGUGGAGAGCGGUGGAGAGGGAGGGGAUAGAGAGGGAGCGGUGGAUGGGGCGGAAGGGGAGGUCGGCAGGGGAAGCAGCAGCGGGGCGGGUGGAGGGGAAAAGAGAGAGUCGGCGGUGCAAGGAGGGGUGCUGGUCUUGGAAGGGGGAGAGGAGGUGGAGUUUGACGAGUGUGUGUGGUGCACACAGGUGGGUGUGCUAGUGUGCGUGAGUGAGCAAGAGGGCCUAGCUCUCGACAGCAACGGCUUCAUCCGAGUGGGGGACACACUAGAGUCGAUCAGCCAUAGAGGGGUGUUCGCCGCAGGGGAUAUCCACUCGUCAAUUGCCCAUAUCCCCCCACCUCCCGCCUGCCCCAUCUCCUGCCAAACCCCCCCAACCUCCUACGUAACACCCCUGCUUCCCAGGGAGGAGCAGCCUCCUGGCUUGGCCAAACGGGACCGCAUAGACCGGGCGUUCAUGCAGCAGUUCAACCAACUACCUGCCAUGCCGUCACCUCCUCUCCCCACCAUCCCCGUCGCACACACGGCCGGGCCUGAAGCGCUCCUGGCACUCAAAAGCAUGCCCAUGCGGUGUGGGGGGUGUGGCUCCAAGGUCGGCUCUUCCCUUCUCUCCCGCGUCCUCACUCGUCUCGCAGCUCUCCCCAGCCGCCCGCCUGGCCACCCGGAAAUCCUCCUGGGGCUUGACUCACCUGAUGAUGCCGCUGUGCUGGCGAUUCCACCUGAGGGAAAGGGCGGCUGUCAGAGCCCAGUGUUGGUGCAAACGGUCGACUUCUUCCGCUCCUUCCUCUCCGAUCCGCACACCUUCGGCCGCAUUGCCGCCCUACAUGCUCUCAGUGACUGCUUCGCCAUGGGUGCUGACCCCGUCUCAGCGCUCGCUAUAGUCACACUGCCCUAUGGUACCGAGGAGAAGAUGGAGGAGGAGCUUUUCCAGGUCAUGGCAGGGGCCAUCCGCGAAUUGGAUGCUGCCACGUGUCAGCUGGUGGGAGGGCACACUGUGGAGGGUGCUGAGCUGUCGCUGGGGUUUGCUGUCACGGGAUUGGCUGACAGAGACCGGCUGCUGAGAAAGGCGGGCAUGCAUGAGGGAGAUGCCAUCAUUCUCACCAAGCCCAUCGGCACGGGAGUCAUCUUUGCAGCCAACAUGCGAUGCAAGGCCAAGGGACGGUGGGUGGAUGGGGCGAUCGAUAGCAUGCUGGUGUCUAAUCAGAAAGCAGCGUCCAUUGCAUUGCAACAUGGGGCCUUGGCUGCUACUGAUGUCACGGGGUUUGGCUUACUUGGCCACCUGGUGGAAAUGACAACAGCAUCUCGAGUUACUGUAACAAUCGACCCCUCUACAAUCCCCAUUAUGGACGGUGCACGGCAGUGUGUGGAGGAUGGCAUUUUCAGCUCGCUGCAGGAUUCGAACCUGCGCCUGAGACGAGCAAUCACCAACUACGAGGAGGCAUCCGCCCAUCUGCUCACUCUGCUCCUCUUCGACCCGCAAACAGCCGGAGGGCUGCUCUUUUCUUUCCAUCCCUAA